CUCACACUCGUUUUAUUAGCCGCCGGAACAGAAGAUGCUCUCGUAAAAGAGCUUUUAUUUCCUGUGCAGCUUUUUUUUCUCUCUUCAUUGUUGCUCUAGAGGGAGGAAUAAUACAGUUUUUGCAACACGUAAAUUCAAAGCAGGCAACAUGGGUACUCUCCGAGAUCUUCAGUUUGCACUCCAGCUGAAGAUCGAAGAGCUGCGCCAGAGAGACGCUCUGAUCGACGAACUCGAGCUGGAGCUUGACGCCAAAGACGAUCUCAUCCGGCGUCUGCAGGGCGAGCUCGACCGGCUGAGGGACACUCUCACCUCUCCCGGAUCCUCCACAGGGCAACACCGUGCUUCAUCUUUAAGGGUGAAGAGAAGAUCUGUGAUUACAGAGCCUACAAACCUGGACCUGAAACUGAUCCUGCAGAAUCCUCCUAUGAGCCACAGCAAGAACCUGGAGUCUCAGCAAUUGAUCGAGGCAGCGUUAAGGGACACCGAGUGGCUGAAGUAUGUCGGGACGGAGUUAUCAGACCUGGUGGAUUGUGCAUACCCAACAGUGGUCGCCCAGGGAGUCCGACUCGUUCAAGAAGGCGAUGAGGCGUCGCAAUCGUUCAUACUGGAAGAGGGAAAACUCGAGGUAUCCAGGGCUGGACAGAAGCUGCACAAUAUUGAACCUGGAACAUUGUUUGGAGAGCUGGCCCUGCUUUACAACUACACCUGCACUUCUACUGUUACAGCCCUGAUGAGCAGUAAGCUGUGGGUCUUCGAGCGACAGACGUUUCAGAGGAUCAUGCAGAGGAGCAGUGUUCUCCGAAUCACUCAGUGUGUGGAUGUUCUCCGCAGUGUGCCGUUACUCUGCGCAUUACCAGAGGAUGAUCUCAUUCAAAUCUCUGAUGCUCUACAAGAACAUCAUUACAGUGAUGGUGACUACAUUCUGAGACACGGCAUUCCUGGAGACACCUUCUUCAUCGUGAGCAGUGGUCAGGUGCGAGUGUUAGAAAGACACUCGGUCAGUGAGGACAGCGUCUGCAUGUCCAUCCUGUCCAGUGGAGACAGCUUCGGGGACAGAGCCCUAAAAGGAGAGGUUUCAAGAUCUUUGAGUGUUGUGUCUGCAGGUGGGGUCACGUGUCUGGUCAUAAACAGAGAGACUGUCAUGAGGUUCAUAGGAGCAUCUGUAGAGACAAAGGAGAAUGGAAGCAAUGAGUCAAAAGCCAGGAGUGCAGACGGAGGUGACAGACUGUCCCAUGUGUCUCUCGACGAUAUUCAGGUGCUGUGUAAUGUAGGGGAAGGACGGUACAGUCACACACAACUGGUUCAUUUGAAGAAUGACACCAGCUGUGCGUUUGUGCUGAAAAUCAUAAGUAAACACGCUUUAGUGAGCUCAGGCAACAGAGCACGCAUCCUCGCUGAAAAACAAAUCCUGAUAGAUGCCGGGUGUCCUUUCAUUGUCAGGUUAUAUUGUACCUUUAGAGAUGCAAACUGCCUCUACAUGUUAAAGGAAGCGUGUUUGGGUGGAGAUCUGUGGACUUUACUAAGAGAGAGGGGUUCGUUUGAUGAAAACGCAGUCCGGUUCUACACAACCUGUGUUCUCGAGGCUUUGAGAUUCCUCCACGGCCAAGGCAUCAUCCACAGAGACCUGAAACCAGAGAAUGUGCUGCUGGAUCAGAAAGGAUACGCCAAACUGGCAGGAUUUGGCUCUGCAAAGCAACUUGGUUCUCUCCAGAGAACCUGGUCAUUCUGUGGCUCAGCAGCUUACCAGGCUCCAGAGAUCCUAUUGCACAAGGGUCACAGUGUCAUGGCAGACUUCUGGGCUUUAGGAAUCUUUGUAUACGAGUUACUCAACGGCAUUCCUCCGUUCUCAGGUUCAGACCAGCUAAAGAUCUGUGCAGCUGUUUUGAAGGGAAUCGAUGCCAUAGAGUUCCCAGAGGUCAUCAGCGAUCCUGCGGCUGAUUUCAUCAAACAGCUCUGCAGAGAGAAUCCCACAGAGAGACUGGGCCAGAGGAACGGGGUCACAGACAUCCAAGGACACAAGUGGUUUAAAGGAUUUGAUUGGGACGCAGUGCGUAAAGGAACACACCCCCCUCCUAUAGUACGACAUGUCCAAGGUUUUCUGGAUCAUUCCAAGAGUGACAAUCACAAAGACUCAUCACCUGGAGAUGACUCUGACUGGGACAAAGAUUUUUAAACUGAUUAUUGGUUAUAAAUGAUCAUGUUGAAAGACUGUUAUGAAGGACAUUCUUUAUUGAAAAACUUCAGCGAGUGGAUUUUUUUUUUUUUCAGAUACACACCUUAAAUGUAAUAAUUUAUAAUAAGAAUUUAAAUGAUUUUUUAUUCAUCUGAAAGUAAUUAAGCUCAGUUUCUAUGAUUUCAUCAUUUAUCUUCAUCCUAAAUCUGUUUAAUGUAAAAGUUACAGCUGAAUCAUAUUCGUUUCUUUAUAAAAGGGUUAAACAUGUCACUGUGUUUCAUGAUGUUUCGUUUUGAUUAGAAAAUGCUGCUAAAUAAAGCAGGUGAAACAAUAAGCUAUUGUUUAUAUCCUCGGCUAUUUGAGUUUCCUAUUGAAUUUCAUUUCGAAAAGAAUCGCAAACAUUACAGACAACGCUUGUGAGAAUUUGAAUGAUACUUGAUAUAUGUACUGUACAUGAAGUUGAAAAUGAGUGUGAUACCCAAGUAUGAAGGUAAUAUCCAGUGUCAAGAUUUGCAGCAGAUUUUAGCAUUUUUACAUUUUGUACAAGUAAAAAACAUUUUAUAUUCAGGAUAUUAUCAAAUUAUUACUAGAAAUACAUCAGACACUACUCUAAUACAGGUUGAAACAAUCUUCCUCUCUUCAAAAUCCACAAUAUUGUUUAAUUCAUUUGCAAUAUGAUCAAUAUACCAAAAACACAUUAAAAAAAAGUUACUAUUCUUAAAAGGUCUUACAAUUUAUUUUAAUAGUAAUAAAACAAUGACGAGAAAUCCAAUUGAACUGAAGCGCAUAGCAAUCAGAAAAUCUAUGGUAAUAUAGUGUAAACAAUAUCUAUAUGUAAAUCUUAAGCUAUGGUGGAGAAUAAAGGUAAAAAAACAAAACAAUAUUUAGUAAAUCACUGCAAUUUUUACCGGAUUGGUCUAGUUUUUAAAUUACAAGAUGUCAAAUUUACCAUGUUUUAAGGAAAUGUAAGAACUGUAAUGUAAGAACUGUAAAUGUUUUCUUCUCUCACAAGUUCUAUUAAAAAUGUAAAUUAGCAGAAGUAUUUGUAUUGUAUAUGCAUAAGUAUAAUUGCUAGUCCAAAAAAAUACAAAAUAAACCAUAUUAAUAUAAGGUCUGUAUUUAUAAUAGUCAUCAAAUGUUUAC